GAAUAUUAAUAAUAUUAAUCGUUUGGAAUAUUACCGAGCUCUAACUCCCUCGUUUCGUAUACUCUAUUCGCAAUAGUAAAAAGUUAUUCCCUCAAAACCGAUAAAUAUCGAUUGGCUGCACUUAUCGAGUUAACCAGACUGGAGUGAGGGUAUGUAAGUGCGAGCAUAUGUUUUAGGAGACUUGGAGCUGAUUUAAAGGGUAUCUCGUAGGCUAUCUGAGAACUAUCAAGCUGCAAAUCUUACAAAAUUAUAUGUGUCACAAAUAAAAUUUGUUUCCUAUACAAAUAUAUGUAUAUAUAAUUUGUCGGCCGAACAGAACUAACAAUUCAGAGUGCUUGAAAUAUGUCGCUACUUAAACUAUUUCAAAUCCAGCUACCCUUUGCAACUGUCAGACUGAUCCGCCCCUUACUGAGGAGUCCCAUUGCUCAAGUUGUCAUUUCCUUUGCGGUGGGCUAUUAUGCAACUACGAAGCUAGCCCAGAUUUAUGCACUAUUCGCCAGGCAAGCUGAUAAGAGUCCCACGAAAGUGGACUACCCUUCGCAACUGGCCACUGAUUGCCGGGACAGCCAGGCUAAUCUCAGAGACCGGCUGCCUCCGAAGUGUGAGGCUCUGCGGCUCACCCGUCGACAGUUGACGGCCUACGACGGAAUGCAAGACAGCCAACCCAUAUACACGGCGCUUAAUGGUAACAUUUAUGAUCUCAGCUCUUCGCGGGAUACUUUUUUGGGGCCCGGGCCCUACUCCCUGCUGGCAGGCUGCAAUGCCAAUCAUGUGCUUAAUAUUGCUUGCGGUUCCAUGGGCGUUUGUACCGACGAUGUGCUUCAAAGAUGGGAGCGUAGUCUGAACGCCGAGUUCCAUAUCGUUGGCUACUUGACUGACAGCGAAGGGUCCGAAAGUGACGACUAUGAAAGUGACGUCUCAACUCUUGUGAGUAAACGCAGUCAGGAGCAUCAGGAUUCUAAUCACGAAUCCAAUUAUUGUUAGGGUCCGCAUUUCAGUUCACUUUUCCCUCAAACAAACCGUGUCGCAAUAGUGGCUAGAAAAAAAUUAAA